CCAUUUCGCGGUCCGUUGGCCAGUCCACAAACACUCCCGCCUUUUGAGUUCUCGAUCACGGCCGGACUCAAUUGGAUCGCAGGGACACGCCAGACGACGGCUCGCUCGAAUUACACAUCAAAGACAUCGGAUACACGACAUGCUUAGCUGCAUAUAGUCGACGCCCGGUGCGCGCAACAUGACCGUUGGCGCCAUAGCAAUAUAGUUACAGCAGAAUGGACGAUCCAUGGGGUUCGCCAUGGGCUACAACAGAUGCACCAACAGACCACGGACAUAGCUUGACGAGAAAGAAAUCCGACCUCGAGCCUCCCAAGCGAGCCCUGCUCUCCGCCAGCAACUCGCCCCGGUUACCAGCCAUCACGGCCCCGUCGCCAUGGGCAGACGCUGAAGAUGGGUUCGGAGACUGGGCCGCCCCAGAUGGGUUGGGAACACAAACAACAACGGCUGCUCAGUCGGGAUGGACGGGUGGAUGGCGGUCUCGGAGUCCAAGUCUCGCGGCACCGUCCCGAGACAAUGGCUUCAGGUCUCGCAGUCCCAGUCUUGUCGCACCGUCGAGGGAGAAUAGCUGGAGGUCUCGAAGUCCCAGUUUGAUCGCACCGUCGCGGGAUAACGGCUUCAGGUCGCGCAGCCCUAGUAUUGCUGCAUCCGUCCGAGACGAAGAAUUUGCCAAAUCGAAUCCGAUCGCCUGGCCGGACAAUAUUGCUUCUUCGAAUUCACCCAUCGCGCCCGUACUUCGACAGCCGUCCCCUGAUCCGUGGGCCGCCGAAUACUCCCAUACACCGCACAACGAUGGUAGCAUCGCUCCGCGCUUGGUGAUCAACCUACCCCAAUCCAUUACCGAAGAAGAAGACGACGUCGACAAAGGGAAAUUACCCGAGCUGAACCCCGAUUGGGGGGACGAAGAGAAGGAUGCACCCAAGGACCAGGCGAACGAGGAAGAAAAGAGCGAGCCGACUGGGGCAAAGGCAGAGGAAGAGGCGGAAGUUGUUCAGAGCGUUCCAAUACGAGUCAGCGUGGAAUCGACUGCUAACAGUCAACCGACCCGUUCAACCUCUCCUUCUGGUGACGACACCGAUCAUGGAUACGAACGGCAAGAUUCGCCCAUCACCUCCAUCGACGAUGACUCCCGCGCAAGGCCACGCCUCACACGAAAACCCUCCGGUAUUGUGCAGGAACUGGUGGACAAGUUUGAUGGAAUAGCAAAAGCCAGGAGCCAGGAGCCUCCGGUGAUACGACGCGCACAAAGCAAAAGCUCACUGAGCCCCCAUCCCGACAUCUCGGAGGAGGCGUCGGACUUUGGUGAUUUCGAAGAUGCCCAGGUCAAGGAACCACGAAAGUCUCAAGCCCCAGAACGACCAUCCACGCCAGAAGAGGUUCAGAAAUCUUCUCCGCAGCACGGAUCCCCCCCUAUGACGUCCCCAGCGCAGUCGAUGGGCAUUCAUCUAGGCCAUAUGGACGAAUUGGUAACCAAAUUCGGCGCCCUGAAUUUCGAUAUCGACUUGUCAAAUGUAGACAAGCUGUUUGACACAUCCACCAACACCAAGCCGUUGUUCCCCUACGCAGACGUCUCGGAUCAUAUCAUUACCGACAGCUUUAACAGCAUCUCAGAGCGCAAGGCCUGGUACCGCAUAUCUCGUUUCGGAUCGUCGCGCAAACACAACGCGGGAGACGACGAAAAUUAUAGAAGGGUGGCAUGGCCGACAGCAACUGUAUGCCAGGAGACGCUUCAGACUGUCCGCCGAUGGAUGGAGGAAGACUCCAUCGCAGGCCGUGUUUCCCUGGGUGGAGGCAUAUCCAAGACGCAAAAGAACAUGUUUGGAUGGGAUUCUUCCGCGGAGCCAGUCACACUUGAUGCGAUUUUUGGAAAGAGAACUGUGCCUACCAGGCCUUCCUCCGUCCAACCGCUCCAGCCACCAAGUGCAUUUGGCCAUGUGGAUAAUUCACCCUUGGGCAACACUACGGUCAACUCUCUCAAACAUCAGCCACAUCGACCAGCGAGUCUUGAGCUACCACCAGUUGCCACAUUCAGCUGGAGUAGCGACUCCCCAGCUUCGGCGGGACAACCUCCCAUGACCGCGCCCCUACCCUUGACACCAUCUCAACCAGCUCCAGGCCCUUUCAAAGUGACUCCAAUGGACCUUGGAAUGUCUUCGAUUAGCGCAACAGCAGCCGCCGAGGAUAAUGAUGACGACUGGGGAGAGAUGGUAUCCUCGCCAUCGGUGAUGAAAUCGACCGUGGGCGGCUUCCCGGAUUUCAACGCACCAGUGUCAACGUUGACUCCAACUCGUGGCCCUACCCCAGGAUUACCAACGACCGAAUCCAUGUUCCAGUCGAACCCGGACCCGGUCUCGGUCACGCCUACACCUAAGGCAGGAACUGAUACCACCGUACCAGUUACAUCUUCGGCAGCGGAUCCUUGGGCGUCAGCAGACUUUUCCUUUUUCGAGUCCCCUUCCCGGCAACAAACUGGUCCCACGAAGUCCUCAGCAACGCCAAGCCGUCCUUCCUCCAUGAUCGCCGCCUCUUUCACCCAAACGGUUCCUGGCUCUUCGACUCAUUCCUUCGACUUAUCACGAGUGACUACUCCCGUUUCCUCCGCCUCAUCAGUCAUCGCGCCCUACUCUUCCAUGACUCGAAACAACAGUCCCAUUGCCGCAAAAGGAACGACUUCAUCGGCGAUAUCGUCACCCAUCGCCCGCCAAAUGACACCGACACAGGCAACCGGCGAUCUACAACAGGGCGAGCCAACAGAGGGCAAAGUUACGGUCAGCUCAAUUCUUGGUGGUCUACCAGACCUUUCUUAUAUGUUGCGUUGACGGUCCGAGAUCCGGCCACUGUCCUGUUGGACGAGCAUUGACGACAGAAGCCAACAGCCCCCAAUUCUACACAAUGCUGGGUGGCCUGCUUAAUACAUACAUUGUAAUUGUAAUCGUCGAAGGCGAUUUCUUGCUAUUCUCCCAGGCAUGCAUGGCGCUGGCGUUAUGGGGCGGAAGAUGAUGUUACCAUGUAAUCGAGAGUUGUGUACUACUGUACAGAAGCAAUGACAUACUUGUGUUGGGUCUGGGGCAGUCAAGCUAACGCUCCUUAGACUUUUUGUAUACCAUUUCCGUGUGUCGCAUUGGGAUCAAUGUCGUUUUUCCUUUUUGUCUUUGUGCGUGG